AUAAAUUACAUUGUUAAUAAUCAACCAUGUGACCAUUUAAAGCUCGUCCAAUAUUAUUUUAUUUUCGAAAUAAAUUUUAACCUUGUACGAGAUAACUGCCUGCAUUGAUCGUAAACUGAGCGAUUUUCUCCGUUGAAUUAAAAUGGAACGAAAGGAGAAGGAACAAGACAAAAAAUGUCCAGUAGCUACCAAUGGAUUUGAUUCUGAGGAUGAGGAGAACUCAAUGGGGGGAUGCCCAAUGGGACAAAACGGACAGCAACCUAAAAUGAAUGGAGUGCCUGAUUCAUACAGGGAAUACUUACAGCUAGAGAAGUUGUUAAAAUGUCAAACAAUGUCUAGCUCUAUAGCUGGAAAGCCAGUUCACGACGAACACCUGUUUAUUAUAACCCACCAAGCAUACGAACUAUGGUUCAAACAGAUUUUAUUCGAAGUAGAUUCUGUCAGAGAAAGUUUUAUGAUGCCGGUAUUGGAUGAAAACCAGAUGCUGAAGAUUGUCAACAGACUGAGUAGGGUUGUACUCAUCCUAAAGUUGAUGGUCGAUCAGUUUAUGAUUUUAGAAUCAAUGACGCCACUGGAUUUUUUGGAGUUCAGGCAGCAUUUGUCUUCGGCCUCUGGAUUUCAAAGUCUACAGUUUAGAUUGAUGGAAAAUAAACUUGGAAUAAAAGAGGAAAAUCGAGUGAAGUAUAAUCAACAGCACUACAUGAAAGUUUUUAAGGACGAAGAAUCUAAACAAAUGUUAGCAGACUCCAUUACAUCACCUCCAUUGCUUACGUUACUUGAGAAAUGGCUAGAACGGACUCCAGGAUUAACUGACCAUGAAAAGGCUGACUUUAACUUCUGGGAAAGAUACAAAACAGCUGUGUACCAGUGGAUUGAAAACGACUGGCAUACCCCAUACAUGGAAGAGAAAGAUCCGAAACAAAAAGAAAUAUUGCUUGCUGAAUACAACAAACAGAAGGACUCGUUUGAAUCUAUUUUUACAGCUGAAAAAUACAACGUCUAUGUAGAGAGAGGCGAAAGGAGAAUAAACCAUAAAGCAUUCCAGGGUGCACUCAUGAUAUCUCUGUAUCGAGAUGAACCGAGAUUCAACCAACCAUUCCAGAUGAUUACUUUGUUGAUGGAUAUAGAUUCACUCAUUACUAAGUGGCGCUAUAAUCACGUUAUGAUGGUACAGCGCAUGAUCGGAAGUAAAAUAGGGACAGGUGGAUCGUCUGGUUACCAUUACUUACGGUCUACCAUCAGUGAUCGAUACAAAGUGUUUGUUGAUCUGUUUAAUUUGUCGACAUUCCUUAUUCCACGUCAAUACAUUCCACCACUAACGAGAAGUAUGAAGAGAACCCUUAGUACAGUGUCCACUUCACGCCUACCAGAAACUGAGGAAUUAAGUGACCAGUUGGAUAAACAAACAUUAGGAUCGAGUCCUCGUCAGAUGACCGGAACAAGUCCACGUACUAGACCUGUAUUUUUCACAUAAAAGACGUAUUUUGAAAGUUAUCUCUUUAUUUUAAAGGGAUUACACAGAAAGUUACCUUUUUUAAGAGAACAAACAGAAAGUUAUCUCUUUGUUUUAAAGAGAAUACACAGAAAGUUAUCUUUUUUUAAGAGAACAAACAGAAAGUUAUCUCUUUUUUUUCAAAGAGAAUACAUAGAAAGUUGUCGUUUUUUUCAUGAGUACAAACAGACAGUUAUCUCUUUUUUUCAAAGAGAAUAAACAAAAAUCUUGAUUAAUUUACAUAAGACAUUAGCACACUCAUAUUUCAAGCAGAUUGUUAUAUGUUUAAUAUUUUAUGUCAAGGAGACUUGAAUGUUUUAGUCGAUACGGUUUUGUAAAAAGCAGUUGUAGUAAAUGGUUAUAUAUCUUUGAUAUAUUGCAUUUAAGUCAAUGAAAAUGUGUGUUUUUUUUAAAUACAAAAAAAAAAAAUAUGAAAUGAUGAGCAUAUUGUUCAACAAUGAAAUUGUGUAUUAUAUCUGUUACGUAGAAUGUUAUGUAAAAAUUAUAUUGUUACGGUAAUAAAACAUUUCAAACAGA